AUGGCCGCCACUGCCGCCAAGAAACCCGCUUACGAGUUUACCAUCGAUGACGACGAGCUCAAUGUGAGUUUUAGGAGAAAAAACAUUAAAAAAAAAGCAGAAAAAUGACUGCAGGACGAGGGAAAACAAGAUCAGGCGACAAUGUGCAAUUAUUACAAGGUGAACCUGCCUGCAAGUGCAUCGAUUCUCAGCAAGCAGAUUGCGAAAUCCCAAGCCAAACGAGGUAAAUUCAUUCAAAGUUAUUUUGUCAGUGUCAUGUUGCAUGUGCGCCAAUUGCACAUCUUUGUUGUCUUUCUUUCUUUUUCUGUGAAUUCGUUGUGAUUGCGUUUUGUGGAAUUUCAGCCAAGAAAGACGAGCGAAGCCGUCGUCGCGUGGAUCUUUCGACCGUUCGUGAGCAGGACGAAACAAAGCUCUCCGCUUCGGACGAGCACGCUUCUCCCCUUCCCUCUCGUCUCGACGACGUUCCCUCGGCCCCUCCGUCCCAGUUUGGAGGCCGAUCUAGAAUCGAUUCGGCGCCGAUCGACGUCAAGUUAAAACGGCAGGCGUCUCUUCCAGAAGAGGAGCGAAAAGCGGAGCCGAUGGACGAAGAGGAGGCUCAGCUGCUCGCAAUGCUGCUCAGUGGAAUUGAGCACAAUGGAAACGGUGUGGAGAAUAUUUGGAAGGAGGCGGCGGAUAGAAAGUUCUCGCUCAAUGGAAAUCUUCCGAAUCUUCCAAACCUCUCGAGUCCUCAGAUUCCGCUCACAAUUCCGUCUCCAGGACUUCCCAGAAUGCCUCCGAGUGCGAAAGUUUCCGAAUGGCUUUUGGAGAGGUCUACGUCGCCGGAUAACGUUUCUGUUGUGUCGUCGGUACUUUUGGAGGACGGCGGCUUUCUUGUCAGUUACCCGGGCGAAGAGGACGACGAUGUGGACGUGUUCUUUGAUGCGGAAGAGGAGAGCAAAGUGGAUAUUGUGAAUGGUCUUGAGCAUGAAAUGCAAGGCAAGUCAAGUGCACUUUUUUCGUAGCAUUUUGUGGUAGUCUAGUAGCAUUGGAGAGGAAAUGCAAAGAACAGACUUUAUUCAUUUUCCCAUUCGUCCUCGAUUCUAACGGUCACAUCACAGGAUUGUCGUUGAAUCGAAAUAUCGCGGCGAUGACGCAGUCUAUGGUGCGAGUGGAAGAGGAAACGACGACGGACGGGCCGGGCGGGGAAAUUAUGAACGGAAGAAGCGGAAGAAGCAAUUCUGUGAGCCCCCGACCGACCAACGACCAGUUCAUGAGGAAUUCCAACGGAUCGGCGACUUUUAAUGUUAAACAUUCAGUACGUUUUUCUUGGCAUUCUCUGGAAGCUUUCAACCAACUCAUUAACUACCUAAAUAACUUUAAUUUGAACUGUCUACAGUAAUCCUUUUCACUUUCUGAGUGAUUCUAAUCCUCUAACCCUUCCUUCUCUUUCAGAGCACUUUGGCCCGAGUUCAGAAGUUCACUCCUCCGACUAUCAACGGAAAUAUGACUGUCUCCGCCACCACGACCACCGCGACUCCUCUUUCUUCACGCACCACUCGCAGUGUGCUCCGCGUACACAACGUGAACUCGAUGAACAAUUCGACGCCGCGUCCGAUGCAAGCAAUGACCAUGAGCAAAACGGACGGACGAGUAAACGCUAACACCCCUAACAGAAGAGCAGUUUCUGGAAUCAGACAGGUUCAUAUCUCGACUAAUUGUGGGCUUUAAUGCUAUAAAACAAAUUUCUUACACACGGGAAUCUGUAUUUUUUCAGCCCGAAGCUCUUUCCACGAUCACUCCGCCUCAGAAGACUCAACGUCAACCUCCAACGGUCACGAUCAAUCCUUCGACGCCGUCUCGUCCUGCGUCCGCCGCCUCCUCCGCUGGAAGAUCUUCCGUUCAACCGGCGGCGAAUCUCGAGGGACUCCAAUACUUGAUACACGCGCAGGAAGAGGGUAUGUCCUUCUUUGACGGACAUUCCCAAAUGAAUUGCUUUGUUCAGCCCUUCGACGCGCCGCUCUUGAUGGACAAGCGACGGAGAGGAAACUGUCGUGGCAGAGCGAUCACGAGGCGAAUCGGCAGUCCACUUCCACCCAUUCAUCGCUCGGUUCUUUGUGCUCGAGCAAAUCAAUCGAUGGGGCGCAUGCGCUGAGCAAACUUGGAACUCCUGCAUCGGUUUUGAUUUAUUUAUGUCAAUCAAAAAUCUGAAUUUUCAGCGCAUUCCAACUCCUCGUUCCCGACUUCCUACUCCACGUGGAUCGAAUCUUCCGAAGAGAGUGUAAGUAUUCAGUUUGCCUGAAAGUUUUCGGAAAUCUCUCUAGCAUUGUAAAUAAAAUCAUCCUUUCUAGAUCAAUCGGUGUUCAGACAGGUAACUCGCCGCUACUUUGUGUGCCAUUCCCAUUUUUACACCACAAAAAGAGCACAUGUUCUGAGCAGCUUUCUCACAAGCAGUUUCAAAUUUUCAAUCCUCAUCGGCACGUUUUCAGACAUUCCGUGGCCGCCGCCGUGCGUUUUACGACAUCGAAGCCGGAGUCUGCCGUCGCUACCGGUGCUGACGACGCCGACGAAUGCUUUUGAAGGCACGAAGAAGCCGAGCACCAAACGUGAGUAUUCACAAUUAGUGCACUUGCGCUCUAUUGGCAACUUUCAGCACCCCGUGCAACCGGUCGUCGAAUGGCUCGAAGUCUUCUGGUGACCCCUUCGGUUUCCUACGACUCUCCGGCCAAUUCUCUCGCUUCUUUCCUUCUUGUACCGCCCAAAUAGCAUUGUAAAAGGAAACUCUCUCCUCUGCCUUCCACUUUCGACUUUCGCUUACUUUUCCCCUCAAAUGCAUUUUAUCAGCAGCUUCUGUUCACUUUUUAGGCGAUUCUCUAGGCGCUCUGUCCUCUCCCACCGGUUACUUUCUCCCCACAUCCAGUCAUCAUGACACCAUCUGUCGUUUCGCUUUUUGAAAACUUCUGCUGUUGAACUUUUCGAAAUGAUCCACCGCAUCUACUUAGCCGGUUACGAGUACAAUCUCUCCAAUUUUAAAAGCCGACUUAACCCCCAUUUUAUCCUUUUCUAGAAUCCUGUAAAUAUAAUGAAUCCUUGUGCGUGUCAUGAAACCAAAUAAAUCUAUGAGCUUUUUCUUUAAUUUUAAUGUCCAUGUGUCUAGUUUGCAGUGCAUUUGAUAUUUUGUUCAUACUAACUUUGUACUUCUUCCAUUGACUUACAGACGAAUCGCAUGUUUCAGGUGGAAUCCGAUGGACAAUACACCGCUUCGGCGGACGAAAUCCGCCGAUUUAGAUGAUCCGUUCACACCCAUUCCGCAGAUUUGUAAGCCCUUUCCCGGAUUGCUCUAAACAUUUUUCUUUCCUUUUUCAGCUCGCCUCCGAACCCCGCGAACAUCGCGAGAAUUCAUUUGCCCGCUGCGAAGCAGCCCUUCCGCGACGGAAAACGUGCCCCCGGACAGUCGGAAAGUGUCUCCUGCACGGAAAAGAGGCAUCGAGGACUCGUCGGUGACGCCCCUUCACCGGAAAACCGGACCGCCGCUUCUAAAGAAAAAAAGCUCGAUGAGCUUGCUCGCCGAUGGAUUCCGGACGGCCGCCAGUCUAACGAACGAGGGAGAAUCGGAGCAAGAUCCGUUCGGACUGAACUUUCGGAAUGAGAGCGUGCUCCGGAGUGCCCGGAAGAUUGAAAUGGAAACAAAGAGAAAAGAGGACGAAACAUUUGUGAUAGACCCGAAGAAAUGUUUGCCUGACAAAUAUAUGGAAAUGUACAAAAAGAUGAAGAAAUUAGACAAGUUUUAUGGUAAUUUGGACUUUUUGAUAAAUAAUUUGACUCAAUUUCAUUCAGAUUGGCAGCAAGAAUGUCUGGCAGACGAACGUCUGCUGGCAGGUCAAAACUGCAUUCUCUCCCUGCCAACCGGUGCCGGAAAGACGUUGAUUGCCGAGAUUCUAAUGCUCCGAGAAGCUAUUGUGCACAAGCGGAACGCCAUUUUAGUACUUCCCUACGUGGCAAUUGUUCAGGAAAAGGUUCACCAGGAAUACGGUUCAAAAAAUUAUUGGUUUUUAAAGAUCUCUUCGCUAGCUCCGUUCGAAGAGAAAUUCGGCAUAAACAUCGAGGAGUACGCAUCCAACAAAGGUCGUUUUCCGCCGAUAAAACGACGGAAACGGGUGUCUGUGUACGUGGCGACGAUCGAAAAGGCCAAUAUGCUGAUAAACUCGCUGAUCACGCAAGGACAGAUCGAUCGAAUCGGAUUGGUGGUCGUGGACGAGUUGCACAUGAUCGGAGAUGGCGGAAGAGGCGCCAUUCUGGAGCAGUUGCUCGCAAAGUUUCUGUUCAAAGGCAGCGGCCAAAUUGUGGGCAUGUCGGCCACACUUCCCAACAUUGACGACUUAAAGUCGGCGAUGAGGGCGUUCGUUUACAGCACCAACUUCCGGCCGGUUCGUUUGAAAACUCCGGCUAUUCUCAAAUACUGGUUCUCAUUUCAGGUCGAGCUCACAGAGUUUGUGAAAAUCGGACAAGUGAUGCAUCAGGUGGCCGCCGACGGAGAGCUCAAUCCGGCCGGAGAUUUGCCUCCCAACGUGAGCUCCGAUCUGUAGUACGUAACCAUCCAUCCGUUAAUAUUCCAGCAACUCAAAUCCACGGAUCCGGACGGAAUCUGCCAACUGCUCGUCAAACUGAUCCCCAAAAGCUCGGCCGUCAUUUUCUGUCCGAACAAAAAGAACUGCGAGAACGUGGCGGUGCUGAUAGCUAAGUCGCUUCCGCCGCAGAUCCGUCAGAUGAAACGAGCCGACACCGAAACGUUUUUGCAGUCGUAUUUGGCGGAUAACGACGACGAGCGCAUGGAUUCGGUGCUGAAACAGUGUCUGCUCUCCGGUGUUGCCUAUCAUCAUUCCGGACUAACGCAGGACGAACGCAAGUGCGUUGAGUCAGCUUUUAUGGCGAGAAAAACGAAAUUUUGAGCUUUUAGAAUUAAUUCAUUUCAGGAAGGUCUGAUCUACGUAGUGUGUGCCACCUCCACCCUCGCCGCGGGAGUCAAUCUGCCAGUCCGUCGAGUCAUUAUCAAAGCGCCGAUGGUCGGAAGGGAACGCCUCGGGAAAGCGCAGUACUUGCAGAUGGCCGGAAGAGCGGGAAGAGCUGGAUUCGAUACAAAGGGAGAUUGCAUAACGAUCGUGAAGCCGGGCGAGGAGGAGCGGUGGUUCAGGGCGAUGCUCAAAUCGGAAAUCCCGAGGUGUAUGAGCUCGCUGAGCACCAAGCACGCCAUGUCCUCCUUCAUUCUCGAUAUUGUUUCGUUGAAAGUCGCCAAAAGCAGCGAAGAGAUUCUGACAGCAGUUCGGUAUUCUCUUUUUGCCGCCCAAGAGGCCUUCGAGAAGAUCAAGGAGCUCGUGGACAGAUCCAUAAAGAUCCUUGAAGAGCAAACGUUUAUUGAAAUCGACGAGAUCGGAGCAAUCACGGCGACGGAGCUCGGAAGCGCAGUGUUCAACGCGGGAUUCGCACCUGAAGAAGCCACUCGGCUCCACGAAGAUCUUCUUUCCUCUCUCAAUCAAGGCGUCAUAUUCUCAUCGCAUUUCCAUCUUCUCUUCAUUAUCACUCCGUAUGAGCAAGCAUGCAAUAUAAAUUGGGAUCUCUUCCUUUUGAUGGUAAAUAUUCUGUAUUUUUCUUCAGUUCCACCAAAAAAAUUAUCACUUUCCAGUACAACUCCCUGCCGAAAAGUGAAAAGAAGCUGCUCGGCGAGUGCGGUCUCCAGGAGAAGUUCAUACUCGAAGCCAUCAUCACUCGGGUCGAAUUGACGGCCGGCACUCCGCGAAUGCGUCUCUACAUUGCGCUCAUGCUCCAAAAGAUUUGGAGCCACGAGCCGAUGUUUGCAGUCGCGGAGCGGUUCGGAGUGGAGAAGGGCUGGCUGCAGACGACGUUGCAGUCCUCCAUUUCGCAGGCGGCGUCCAUCGCCAAGUUCUCAGAGAAGAUCAACACAAUGUGGCCGCUUCGGAAGUUGCUCCCCGAGCUUGUUCAACGUCUUUCAGAGGCCGCACAACCAGAACUUCUGCCCUUGAUGCAAGUGGAUGGGGUCAAGAAGGCCCGCGCGGCGGUUCUUUUCAAAGCCGGCUACAAAACUGUCGGAAUGGUAAUCGACUUUGGCUAAUCAAAUCAUCCACAAAACGAAGAUUUUCAGAUUGCCCGAGCGAAUCCCAAUAAAAUUGUGCAAGAGCUCGGCACUAUACGUCUGGCUCAGGCGAAUGCGAUCAUUGCGAGUGCGAAAAUGGUGCUGAGGGAUCAAGUGGACGAAAAGAUGGAAGAGCUAGACGCGUGGGGAGUCGCAGAAGACGAUUUCGCAUUCUAA